AUGGCGGCUAGGGACCGCUUUGGUGCCUAUGCUGAGCCGGGGCUAUCUCCGCUGCAGCGGGCAAUCCGAAAUGCAUGCGACCCGCAAAACUACGAGCCGAACCUAGCCCUGAACCUCGAAGUCGCGGAUCUGAUCAACUCCAAGAAAGGCAAUGCGCCCCGAGAAUCGGCGGUUGAGAUUGUCCAUCUUAUCAAUUCCCGGAACCAAAAUGUCGCGUUACUGGCGUUGGCGCUUCUCGACAUCUGUGUGAAGAACUGCGGAUAUCCCUUCCACCUCCAGAUUAGCACCAAGGAAUUUCUCAAUGAAUUGGUUCGAAGGUUCCCCGAACGACCGCCGAUGCGCCCCUCGCGGGUUCAGCACCGUAUCUUAGAAUCGAUCGAGGAGUGGCGGCAGACCAUUUGCCAGACAUCGCGCUACAAGGAGGAUCUGGGGUUUAUCCGGGAUAUGCACCGGCUUCUUCUUUAUAAGGGAUAUGCAUUCCCGGAGGUUCGCAGUGAAGAUGCGGCGGUCCUGAACCCAAGUGACAACCUUCGUUCAGCCGAAGAAAUGGAGGAAGAGGAUAAGGAGGCACAGUCUGCCAAGCUCCAGGAGCUCAUUCGGCGAGGCACGCCUGCCGACCUGCAGGAAGCGAACCGGCUUAUGAAGGUGAUGGCUGGAUAUGACAACCGACACAAAACCGACUACCGGGCCAAAGCUGCGGAGGAGGUGGCUAAGGUUCAGCAAAAAGCCAAGAUCCUGGAGGAGAUGUUACAGAGUGGAGAAGGCAUACCAGAAGGCGAUGUCUUCGAGGAGCUUGCAGCAGCUCUGCAGAGUGCACACCCCAAGAUUCAGAGGAUGUGCGAGGAAGAGUCUGAGGAUCCUGAAGCCGUUCACAAGUUGCUGGAGAUCAAUGAUAGCAUAUACCGCACCAUUGAACGUUAUAAGCUUGUCAAAAAGGGUGAUCUGGACGCGGCCUCGAAGAUUCCCAAAGGUACAUUGGGCACCACAACUGGAGUUUCUAAGAACUCAAAUAAUGAGCUUUCCUUAAUCGAUUUCGAUCCCGAACCUACCCCAAGUUCCAAUGGCAAUGGUCCCGAAUCGGCUCAAGCGGGCAGUUCCAUUGAGAAUGACCUUCUUGGACUAUCACUUGGUGAGGAAAGCCCUGCUCCGGGUGGUGGAAUCUCCCUCGGAGCUUCCAAUAUGGGCUUCCCUCCCAUGCAUACCGGCGCGCCCCCGCCUGCUGCAUCACCGCAGCCUGCGCAACAAACGGCGGCGGCAUUCAAGCCCAACUAUGACAUUCUUGCCUCCUUGAGCUCCUCUCGAGCAGGAUCCCAGUCAUCGACCCCAGCCCCGACUGCUUCCCCUCACCCCUCGACCGGUGUCCGGAGCUUUCCAACCCCCCGCAGCCCAGGGCCAAGCCACGCCCGCCUCUUCCUCUUCUUUACUGGACUUGGCGGGGGGCCUAGCCCACCUCUUCAGCCUUCCUCGUCUCCGAAGCCCGUGGGACAGCCUGCAGCGGCAGAAGAUGACGAGUGGAACUUUGCGUCGUCGCUACCGUCAAGCAGUGCCCUGCCCACAACGAACACAGUGCAAGUGCUGAACUCGCAGCUCCGCGUUGACUUCGUCGCCCGCCGGGUACCAGGCUCGCCCCGCCAAAUCUAUAUCCAGGCUGCUUUUUCGAACACCACCAGUCAGCCCAUUGGAGAGCUUCAUUUCCAAGUUGCCGUGGAAAAGUCAUACACUCUCCAGCUUCGCCCGCAAUCAGGCCGAGAUAUUGCGCCGCAGCAGCAGUAUGGCGUCAAGCAGGACAUGGUCCUGGACGGCAUUGACAGUGGGAAGGGCAAUUCGGUGAAAAUUCGGUUCAAAGUCGCUUAUAAGGUUGGAGCCGAGGCUCGUGAGGAGCAAGGUAUGGUGCCAUCACUGGGAAUCUCCUGA